CUGAUAGGUGGCACUGACUGGCACUAAUAGGUGGCACUGAUUGGCAGCACUGAUAGGUGGCACUGACUGGCACUGAUGGGUGACACUGAAAGGCAGCUCAGAUGGUCACUGAUAUGUGGCAUUGAUGUGCACUGGUAGGCACUGAUAUGUGGCAUUGAUGUGGCACUGAUGGACACUGACAGCUGGCACUGCUGGGGCUACACUGAUCAUCAGGGCACACUGAUCAUCGGUGCUCUGAUGAUCACUGUCAGCGUGACAGCUCGAGAGGAGAGAAAUGCCGAUAACCGGCAU